UGUUUCAGGUACAUUUCAGUGCCCCAGUACCCGAAUCAUAGACUUACCGGAUCUCGAGGAUGAGCUCCCUCUUGAGACCAAGGUAUUCUUCAUUGAGAGCUCGGGUCGAGACCACUUGCUUCACCGGCAGGCGUGCGCAGUGGAAUCAGCCUUGAGGGCUUCAAACAUUCCACUGGCAGUGAUGGUAUUCACGGCUCAACAAUUGGACCUUUCGCACAAUGCCACUUGUCACUUGUUUUUGGGACAUCCUGAAUCACGACUGAUCUUUCGACACAUCAGUCGGGAGAAAUUCUUCCAAGACACUCCACUACAAGCCAUCUUUGAGGAAGGUGGCUUGGACUCGGGACCGUUUCAGGUUGUUCAAAAUAGUGACGCACUGAGACUCUUACUAAUCCAGAAAUACGGUGGUUGGUACUCGGACUUGGACGUUGUGUUCAUGAAAGACACCAGUCACUUGCGAAAUGUCAUAACCGGGGAUCACAAUCAGCUCGAUGGUGAAGGCGAUGUGAUUGGACAAACCGUGAACAAUGCUGUUUUCCACUUCGACAAAGGCCAUCCUUUCAUCAAUCUCUGUGUCGAAAAAUUUGCCCACACAUUCGACCCCUCGGUUCGACUCAGUGGCGGGCCUCGCACCAUGUCCGACGCGUUGAAAGAGCUCUGUGGGAUGGACAAGAGCGCCGUAAUUCAUCGGAGAACGUUCAAGCCAGAUCGAUGCCAUGGCGUGGAUAUUGUCAAGCAACGCGUUCUUUAUCCCAUGGGCUGGUUUGGUGUAUCUGAUUUGGUUUCAGAGCUCAAAUCUCGGUCUGAGUGGGAAGCUCGCUUUAUCCAUAGUGUCACCGUGCAUCUUUUCAAUUCCAUUGCUGGAAGUCAAAAGGUCAUUCAGAAACCACGAUUCUACGGCAGCGAUGUGCCCGCUUAUCUCUAUCUGGCAGAACGGUUUUGUCCAAUCUCUUUCGACUCCGUAAAACUGUUCAGGCGUGAGAAUCACAACAGAAGCAAGAACUCGCGUGUUGCCAUGUACUCAGCACUUUCCAAACAUGCUUCCCUGAAGGGCAGAACCAUGUUCAACCAUAUAAUUUUCAGUCUAUGUGUUACCUAUGUGAGUGCCUCAAUACAAGGCAGUUGCCAUAUAACGGACGAAAAAUGCGCCAUUUGCCCCAAACAAGAGGUGAUUCCGCUGAUCCAUCUCGAAGAUGUGAGUUUUUGGUCCGAAAAGGGAAUUAUGUUUUUCAUCGAAAGUGCCGACAGGACUCACCUCUUACCCCGUCAAGCUUGUUCAGUGGAAUCGGCCUUGAAGACAAAUCCGAAUCUCUACAUCAUCGUGGCUAUGACCACGGACACGCUAGACCUCUCUUCCAAUGUCACGUGUCAUUUAUACUCGCAAUUCGGCGAAAGAAGGCUCUUCUUCCGUCACGUGGACGCCUCCGAGCUCUCACAACGCACCCCAUUGCAAGAUCUAUUCAAGUCGAACCUACUUUGGGACAGCCAAUAUGGCAUCGUUCAGCUGAGUGAUGCUCUUAGACUGCUUCUGGUCCAGAGGUAUGGCGGCGUCUAUUCGGAUUUGGAUAUGAUUUACCUCCAGUCCGUUGAGGGCUUGAGGAAUUUCAUUUCUGGCGAUCACAAUCGCAAUGAUUAUAAAUUCACCAUGAUCUCCAACGGAAUCUUUCAUUUCUCCCCGAAUCACACCUUCACCCAAGAGAUUUUGAGGCGUUUUGCCACAACCUUCAAUCCAGAAGUAAGACCCUUGGAGAACUGGCCGCAGCGCAAUACCCCUGAUGAAUGAAUGUUUCCUCAACAGCUGCCGCUUGUUUUUGAAUGCAUUUCAGGACCGGUUGAGCGGCGGACCAGAGUUGUUUACGCGCGCUUUCGAAGAGUUUUGUCGAAUUCGAAUCGCUCAACUGAGGGAAGGCGAUGAGGACCUGUCUGGAACACCUUGUCAUGGUUUGAUGGACGUUCUUUGGUCCAAAAAGUUCUAUCCCGUAGGCUGGUUCGAUUACGAUGUAUUGAUUUCCCACAAACGGAAGGAAAUCGAGUGGAUCGAGUUCUUUUCAAAUUCUUAUGCAGUGCAUUUCUACAAUUCCCUAAGUGAAAACAAAACGAAAAUGUUACGGCGGAAGUUCUACGGAGCAGAUAUUCCGGCAUUGCUAUUUCUAGCUUUGUCUCAGUGCCCCGUGGCUUUCGAAUCUGAAAGGAUGUUCUAAAGUAUUGUGUGGGUGUAUUUGUUUUUAUUAUUUUUACUGCCUAAUUCUUUACUUCACAGUUUUUUUGGCUUCAAUGGCCUGGAAAGCCGCAAUCUUUUCUUGACGCCUCUCUCGUUUUCGACGCUUUUCUUCUUUUUCUUGCUCUCGUAGUUGCUUCCUUUGCUGCGGCGACAUUUUUGCCAUGUCAAAUUUUACAUUGAGAACUGCCCGAUGAUCCUUCUCCACGUGGAACUCACUUAAAACCGGAUUCGUUCCAAAGAUGGCUUGAUACUGAGGGCGCUCUUCAACUAACUUUAGGGCACUUUUAUGUGUGAGAUCAUUCAACCUGAAACGACGUCAAAUGCCAGUUUUAGCCAAAUUUUCGAGAGGAUUCAUCCUCGCUCAUAUUCUUGAACUCUCCCAUACGUGUCAAUGCUUAGAGGAAUUUGGUCAAUGUUUUUGUCCUUGAAUUCCACCCCGAGUGAAAGCUUCCAAUCUCGAUCCAUUUGAGGCCAGUCUUGAUGGAACACUGUCUUGUCCCAACGAUAGUUCGGACAUUGCUUGACCUUGA